CUCCCCUCCUCCCCUCCUCCCCUCCCCUUCCUGGCCCUGCCCGGAACCCUGACUUUCUCCGCGGCGGACAUCGCUCUCUCGCAGGCAGCCAGAGAGUAAGAAACUCAAGUACUGAGCCCGGCUGGAAAAGUAAGAGCAACUCGCAGUGCGCAGACCACGUAAACAACUGAAGCACGCGCGGAACUCCGAACCGAAUCGAGUUUGUUGCCCCGAAUCCCCAGAGCAGCCGGAGUAGGCCCGAAGCCUCGGUCUCAGUUUGUCAAAGCCGCGGGGCAACCGCUGCGGAGCUCACGGACACGAGGCACGGCAGCCGGGGCAGUCUCGCAGCCUCCGCACGAAAUCGGCCCGACCCUCGCCUCCGGUCCCGACACCCUCCCUUUCCAGACACUUAAAUUGUCAGGCUCCAAGCAUGGCCGAGCCCUGCAGGAGGCGGAUGGAGGAGGAUGAGGAAGAGGUGGAGGUGGAGGAGGUCCCGGGAGGCUUCACCAUUCGGCCUUGCUGGCCCAGUGACUUCGAGGCAGUGCGGCGGCUGUACCAGGAGGCGGCGGCCGAGCAAGUGGGGACGGCCUUCCGCCAGGCUCUGCAGCGGCCCGCAGUCCUGGCCCUGCUGGGCCUCUGUGCCGCCCUGCCUUUCCUAGGCCCGUGGCCGGGCCCGGGGCCCGGGCUUUGGGCCGCCGCCCUGAUGGGCCCAGCGCUGGCCGCCGCCUCCCUCUAUGGGGCCUGCCUGCGUUUUGGCCGGGCCUCGGCCGCCGGACCGUUGCAGGAAGACCUGGCCGACAUCGACGGCUACUUCCUGCGGCCCCGCGACGCCGGCCUGUGGGUGGCCCAGCUGGGCGGGGCUGGCCCGCUGGUGGGGAUGGUGGCAGUCAUGGCCGAGACAGAGGGCCCGGCCGGCAGCUGCGAGCUGUGUCGGUUGGCCGUGGCACCGGGCCUGCGGCGCUGCGGGCUGGGCCGGGCUCUCUUCUGCCGGGCGCUGCGCUUUGCCCGGGCCCGAGGCUACCGCCUCUGCCUCAUCUACACCUCGUCGACAAACACAGCCGCCCUGCCCCUGUACAAGGCGGCCGGUUUCCGCCUACACCAGGCCUACCCCCCGCCUGAGAUCGGGCCUCUGGUCCAACUCCUCUGCCAAGUCACCGACUACAUACUAACCCUCCGCCUCUCAGACACCCACCCUGGGGAAGGGGGCUCGGCGGGGCUCGGGGCCUGAACUGGGCCUGCAGUGGAGGGAUUAGGAUGACUGUUAGAGCAUUGUGUGAUUGUUCCAUGAGACGGAGUCAGAAAUGUCCGACGGUCCCUCACUGAAUUACGCCCCGUAGCAGGUAUUGAGGAAUUUGGACAUUUCCACGAUGGAUGGUGUUGAGGAAUGGUCCCACAGUGUGGGGAUUGAACUACUGUUUAUCAGUGCGGGAUAUUGAGAGAUGAUUCCUCGGUGGGGGUUUUGAGGUUCGGUUUCUUGAUGGGGAGGGGGAAUUCAGGAAUGGUCCGCCGGUAGGGAUAGGGGAUUGAGGGACGGUCUCUUAUCGUUAAGGGAGGGAUUAAAGGACAGAGCGA